AUGAGCUCCGACCCAAUCACGCUCUUACAUAACGGAACCGCACGCGCGAUGGAUUCGCUGGAGGCCCGCCUGAAGUUUAUCGAAGUGAUAAAGUCGCUGCACAAGACCCUGAAUGUCAGCCGAGACACCAGUCCGUCGUCCACACAGCCGGCAGCAACCGACCCGGUGCAUUUCUACCUGGUGCACUAUGAAGACCACUACGAAGACUUCCACAGCUGUCUCUUCGAGGUGACAGCGUCUAUGGACUCGCUGGACCGCCUCAACGUGCUGAUAUACUGGAACCGGCUUGUGAGCUCGCUGUGGCAGCGCGCAAGCAAGGACAUCAACGGGCAGCCCAACAUCGCGGGCCGGGUUGUGCACGACUACCUACUCAAAGACCUUGGGCGCAUGCUCGCCCUCGUGCUGCCGGAGCAGGACUGGAAGGCGCUCACCAAUCUCCCGGUCGCCACGGACGUGUUUCUGCGCGUGUGGCGCACCGUCGGGUCGCCCAGCCCGCAGGACACCGAACCGCUAACCUGUCGCAGAGAGAGCUUCACGCUGGAUCCCGAUCUGCGUGCUUUCAUCGACCGCCGGUCGCUGGACCCAGCCUGGCACACGCCUGCGCAGGACGCCCCAGACGCCAUGCGCGAGGCGCUGCUCCUUCUCGUCGACCGCCGCGCCAAGGCUAUCUUCCUACAGGAAUACUACCGUGCCCACGGCGCCGUCUCCGUUCCUGCAUCUACCAGCGCCUCGACCAUCCUGCACCGCAUGGAGAGCGAUCGAGAGCGCCAUAAAAAGUCCAAAGAGCAUUUGUGGUUCACAGAUCGUGAUUCCUCCAUGCUCGAACUGGCUGAAUUUGAUGCCCUUUGGCAGCAGCACCGGAAGGGAAUGACCCGCGACGAUUAUCAAGAUGUUAAGCAACUCCAGCGCAUCGCGCAAGAGAGCUAUUUAUACCAGAUAUAA